AUGGCCUACAUCAGCUAUCAAGACUGGGCUGUAGGUGGCUUGUGCACCAGAGCUGGUAGUGAUGAAGACCUGAGGGAACAAUUUAUUAUAGUAGUUCUUUUUUCUCUUGAGUGGCUUGUCUUUGUGGGAGUUAUAGGCUUCCUAAUAUUCCAGAUAAUCUUGCAAACCAUUUGGAAAAAGGAGGAGCAGGAGGCAGAUGACAUCGCCAUGUUGCAGAAGCCUCCACCCAUCAAUGAAGAGCAGCAGCAGGAAGUGGAGGUAUAUGAAUAUGAAUUGAAUGAGUAUGCAGAUGAUGACAUAUUUGAGUCCAAGUUCAGUGAGAAUUUCUAUGAGGACUUGGACUUCAUGAAUGAAGAGGAUAGCAAGGAGGAGGAGGAUGACGACACUGAUGAUGGCGAUGAUUCAGGAACUUCAAGUAUCUGUUUAACUGUUAAUAGAUUCAUGAAUGAGGAAGUUAAGUAUAAGAUAUAUUAUUACUUUCGUGACCUUGACAUUCUGGAGUCACAAUCAGUGGUCACUGAUGAGCCAGCUGCAUGUGAGUGUGACACUUCAGAUAAAGCAUUUGAAGGAAUUGCCAAUGAGGAGCAUUGGGGAAAGGAAGAAAAUGGAGACUUGGACUACCAGGACAGGAACUCUCCAGAAUGCUGCUUCCCUGAGUAA